CUGUGUAAGCAUCAUAUUAGUGUGUGCUCGAGUCUAUUUUAUCACAGACGAAAUAUAUACUGUUCAAUGUUGUGAGUUUUGACAUAUGUUGGAUUGGCAUACUGAAUCUAUGGAUGUGGAAGGGCGUCAAGGGCAAUAGAACUUAGAAGUUAGAACAUAGAAUUCUGUUUGAGACAGCUCACAGCUGUCUUUUCAUUUUCAGCUGAUUUUUGUGUACAGAUUCUAUUUAUCAUUUCCAGAUUGUAAAACAAUAUUUUAGUAAUACGCAAACCGUGUAUUUGUUGUGACUUCUAUUAAUUUUGUGUGCCAUUGGCUUGGAAUGUGUGAAUCGUGACAAGCAUCUAGAGUCCAUUAACCGAGAACAAAGAGAGAUGGUGCAUUGAGUGCAGCGCGGGUGGCGGGCAAAGAUCGUGACGUCACGCGGUGACGAGGCCGAUGCGGCGAGGAUCGUGACGGGAGGAGCGCGGCGAGCACGCGCAGCCGAGAGGGCCAGCCUGGCCUCCAGUGACUCCGGAGAGGAGGGCCCCCAGCCGCCGCGCAAGCGGUCGCGCAGGCUGUCGCCGGAGCUGACCAUGCACCAGCCGUGCGCCAACGGUGCGCAUAUCAACGGCGAUGCCUCCAGGAAUGGAGAUGUUGCGCCUGGACUGUGUAUGGCCACCACUGACCAGGAGAUUGUCCGUCUAAUUGGUCAGCACCUGCUGUCAGUCGGACUUGAGCGCAGCGCAGCACUCCUCAUGGAGGAGUCGGGGCUGCACUUGGAGCAUCCGGCGGCAGCUACGUUCCGGCAGCACGUGCUGGCGGGCGACUGGGUGAAGGCGGACCACGACCUGCGCGCUCUUCAUGACUUGCUCCGGGACUCGCCUCAUGUCGACCCUCACAACCUCGCCGAAAUGAAAUUCGUGGUGCUGGAGCAAAAGUAUCUCGAGCACCUGGAGGUGGGACGCGUGUUGGACGCGCUGCACGUACUCCGCAACGAGCUGACGCCUCUGCAGCACGACACGCCGCGUGUACAUCGUCUCUCUGCCCUCAUGAUGUGUGGUGAUGCUGAAGAGUUACGUGGACGUGCGCAGUGGUCGGGCGGCCCAGGGUCUCGGGCAGCCGUAUUAGCUCGCGUGCAAGCCGUGCUGCCACCUGCCCUCAUGAUGGCUCCAGCUCGCUUGCGUGCGUUGCUAGCGCAGGCCGCAGCUUACCAGGCGCAGCGCUGUCGGUUCCACUCAGCUCCACGCCCCGAGCCAGACCCCGACCGCCUGCCUUUCUCGCUGCUCGCAGACCACCAGUGCUCAGCCGACCAGUUCCCCAUACAUCCCUUACAGGUUCUCAAUGAGCACUGCGAUGAGGUGUGGUACUGCAAGUGGUCCCCGGAUGGCACAAAGCUGGCAUCUGGCUCCAAGGACAACACCGUCAUGAUAUGGGACUUCGACCCUGUUGCGAAGAGACUGGCAUUUCGGAAGUCACUGGACGGCCACUCAUACGGCGUUUCGUAUCUGUCGUGGAGCCCCGACGGUCGCUACCUCAUCGCCGCGGGACCCGAGGACUGCCCCGACCUCUGGAUAUGGAACAUGGAGACGGAGAUGCUGCACAUCAAGAUGUCGCAGUCGCAGGAGGACUCGCUGACGGCGGCGGCGUGGCAGGCGGGCUCGGAGCGCUUCGUGUGCGGCGGCGCCCGCGGCCAGUUCUACCAGUGCUCGCUAGAUGGCGCGCUACUCAACAACUGGGACGGCGUGCGGGUCAACGCCCUGGCGGCCCGAGCCGACGGAACUGUACUCGCUGCAGACACGCACCACCGCGUGCGAGCCUACAACUUCGCAGACCUCACCGACCGUAACCUCAUUCAAGAGGAACAUGCCGUGAUGGCCAUGACGCUCAACUCCUCGGACACCAUGCUGCUGCUCAACGUGGCCAAUCAGGGCGUGCAUCUCUGGGAUAUCCGGGGCCGCGCUUUGGUGCGCCGGUUCCGCGGUCUGUCGCAGGGACACUUCACGAUACACGCCUGCUUCGGUGGCGCUCAUGACGACUUCAUCGCGUCGGGCAGCGAAGACAACAAGGUGUACAUCUGGCAGCGUGAGACUGAGGAGCCGGUGGCUGUGCUGACAGGACACACGCGCUGUGUCAACGCCGUGGCCUGGAACCCGCGCUACCACGACGUGCUGGUCUCCGCUUCUGACGACUACUCGCUGCGACUGUGGGGCCCACGGGACCCCACCAACUAGCGGGCCACGGGACCAGCAGUGAUGACGUCACCUGACCUAAUCAUCUGGACUUUAUAUACAGAUAGAUAUCAACCGGUCCAAUUCAAGCCAGAAGGUUUCACUUUUAUGUCAUGUUCAUGUCAUUUUUAAAUACCUUUAUAUAUUUUUUUUAAAUUGCAUAGCAACAGUUUUGAGAUUCGCCAUCUUGUUUUUUUUUUUGUGGAAAUAGUAAUAUACAGUCAGUUAAAGUUUGGUCAUAAUGAUGAGAUGAAGAUUAUGAAAUACAGUCCACAGUAAAAAGUUAAUGCUGAUAUUGAAAUGUCAGUAAUGAUGUUGCCAGCUCAGCGUUACUGAAUGUGGAUAUUAAAUAAAUAAUGAAUUAUGGUUUUUAAACAAAAAUAUAUUUAAUCAAAUGAAUUAUAUAUAUUAUGUCUUUAUAACUUUCUUAAUUGCUAUUUGAAAUAUAUAAACUUGGCUCAUAUCGGAAUAUUUCCAUCAAAUUAAUGUGAUUGGUAUCAAUAAAAAUAUUACGAGAUUUUUGGUCUGACAUGUAAGAUCGUAAUAUCAAACAAUUGCAAAAAGUAACAAAUAAAUGUCAUAAUAAACAGGCAAAAUUAAUGCAAUGGAGCCGAGGUAACGUCCGGGAACUGGCAAUUGAAUCACAGCGAACACUGUGUUUGUGACAGGGAUAUUGCAAUAAUAACAGCUAUAACGGUUGCUAGAGAUCACAUGUGACAUAGAAUUAAUUGUUUUAGUUCGAGUUGAUGGCUUAGUUGACAACAUUCGAAAUAAAUAAAACACAAUAAUCACCAGUGAUCCGGUUGUGUCCGGUGACGAGUUGUUGGUGUGAUGAGUGUGGAAUGGUAAGGGAGUGCUCAAUCUGGCAUUACAUAUUUCUGCUGAGGUUUUUAUCAAUUUUACAAAUCACAAUAACGUGUGUACAGUUUUUGCAUAAUAACUAUAUAAUAAUAGUUUAGUGCCGGCAACCAUGACAGGGUCUUUUAUUCAAUGUUAACGGUGGUAAAACUUAUAAUUGGCGCGAGCAAAAUUAUAAUGAAUAAAUAAUUAGUAUAUUCAGGUGGGAAUUAAUUACAGAAUAUAAAAGGGGUUUAAAUUUUCUUAGAAUACUUAUUAUUAAUACAUUUAAAACAAAAAUGAGGGAAAUAGACCGAGAGACAAAUGUAACAACAAUGUUUCAAAUACAGGAUCAAUCUUCAGGGUUCAUAAAAUCAAACCUUUACUAUAACAUAUUUUGUCAUGUAAAAUAAACCCUAUUGUUAGAGGCCGAACAAUAUUUGGUUUGGUCUAAGGUAGAGCUGACUGGAUUCGCUCUGAUAGGUAUAGUGGUGUUGUGCAUAGAUUUAUAUUUAGCGUUAAGUUAUUGAUAAAUUUUAGCUUAUUUGAGAGUGUGACCAUAUUAACUAACAUUAUAGUGUAUUUGUCGUUGAAAGACUGUUUUAUUUAGUAGUGUGUAUAAAUACUUGUGUAGUGGCGAAACAGCCAGACAGACCGUUGCAUUUUUUUUAUAUAGAUUCAAAAUUAAAAUUAGCUACAGGCAUACAAAUAUUAUAAUAGAUGUUACCAGUAUCAGAAAAUGGUCUGAAGUGUGGUUAGUGUUGCUAUCGCGUGGAACGUAGUUCAUAUGAAAGUUCUGGAAUAUUCCAUAAAUACUUUGAAUUAUGAUUAUCGCGAUCACUCUUUUAAUGUCAGAUAUUUUGUGUUCUAUAUUCUGUCACUGGCUCGCAUUCUAGAUUCGCUUACAUGUGGAAUCUAAGUUUUCUAGUACUAACGAGCUUAUUAAACUAUUUCAUCAUAUUACGAUACUUGCAAGUUGUUAGUUUGUCUGUCUGCCUGUCGCCUAUAGUUCGCCGUGAUAUCAUCAAUGUGAGGAGCGCUCCCUUACCUCCCUCGAGGUGCUUAGACUAUAUAAUAAUUAAUAUAAGACUCUUUCGUAAUAAGGAACUAAUAUAUAGAGACAGAUAAUUCGAGUAGUGUAUAUUUUUAUACCGAAUCUCCGGGACUAGGCUGGCACUCGGCCACUGCACCAUCACUACCGGGGCGGGCGGGGUCAUUAUGUUACUAUUGUGUACUCAAUGGGCUCCGGUUAUAUUUUAAUUUAAUUGUUUUUCGACUGAAAUGUGAGAUCAAUCAUUAUAUGUUUAAUUACAAGUAUUGGCUAAAGCCAGACAUACCGACUGUAAGUUAUUGUUACGCGAUGUUUCAUGGGAUAGAGAUAUAUCUGAGACAGCAUUACUCACAGCCAGGUGAUAGACGCUUGGUUGUCAUGGUGACUGAUAAACAAACAUAGGGCAGUGUGAAGUUUGUAUUUGUUAGACGUAACAGGCUCAGAAUACAGAACAAACUAGAAACAAUCAACGCUGAGGCGUGACUAUAUUGAGGCGGUGUAAACAAGAUCGUUAAAUUAUUGUCGAUUAGCAAUGGCCGAUCCGCGUACAGUUUGCAGCAGAUGCCAAUUUUUAAAUAUUACGCCGUAAAAUGCUACCAAGCAUGCGAAGAAAUCGAAUGGGAUUACAUAUAAAAUUACAAUACUAGCUGCUGCCACUAUUCAUUAGUUCGCCCGCCGCCCGACCGCACCAUAGUAUCGCGCACUCGGUUGGUUAUCGUCGUAACUAUUAAAAAUAUUUGUCCAAAUAAUGUAGUGUAAAAGAAAAAGUUUAUCCACUUUUAGUGUCAGACGCUAUGAAAGUAUUUAUUUUGAUAUAAGGAUCAAUUUGUUACUACCAAAUGUGCGUUAAAAAUAAAUUGUCAAUUUUUGUAAGUCUAAUUUAAGAUAAAUAUUUUCAUUGUACAUUAUACAUAUAUAACUUUAACAGUUGUCGCGGCAUGCGCCAGAAUAGCUAGCAGAUGGCCGAAUUUUUUCCUACUUACUUGACACUUAUCGUUAUAAUUUUUAUAAUUCAUACAAUAUCUUUAUGAAUUGUAGCCUAUGUGUUAUUCUGAUGUGUAAGCUACAUUAUUGAAACUAUCCAUUAAAAUCCAUUCAGUCGUUUUUGCGUGAAAGAGUAACAAACGUGCUUCUAUUAUUAGUAGGAUUUUUAAAAGAGCCUUAAAAGCGGUAUCUAAUGUAUGGAGCCUUUGUAGUGCUGAACGCGGGCAGGGAGUUAUGUUGGAUACAGUCUACUGCGUAGAAAUUUGAUUGAUCACUCCUAGUUCGUUCUGUAUUCUGAGCUAACACGGUGCGAUCGUUGGCUUAUAUUAUCCGCGACCGCAAAAUCUCACGCCAACACAUAGACACACCAAAACUACAUUUAUUAAUUAUUCAAUUCGAUAAAACAUUCAUAGUCUAACUUAUUUAAAAUGAUAAGGCAAUAGGUCCAGAACUAUAUACCGACGAGCCUUUAUCAGAGGCACAAGUAGCCAACUCUCUGGGGCCCGAGCUGAGUCCAACUUCAGACUCUAAGGCUGAGAUAUAGAACGUACAUAGACUUCUCUCAGACUUUACUUAGGUAAAACUGAGCUGAGUGUAGGCAAGGUAAAGAUUAAGAAAGGUAGGUAAAGAUUAUGCUAAAUCUUUGUUUUCGUUUCUAAGACAGUCCAUAACCUUACUAUACUAAAGCAAUAGAGAAACACUCUCAUUACGGCCGGCUAGACUAAAUUUAAAAUGUUCAUGUGUGUUAGUUUUACAGAUGUAUUGUCUAAAACGCAGAACUGUGUUCUAUAUCCCUAGACAAUCCCUAUGAAUGAUAAACGGCGUUAUAUUCACAUAUACAAUAUAUUGUUUUAUAAAGCAUAUUUUUUAAAUUAAUAUAAUCUUUAGAUAAUAGUAAUAACUGCGUAAAAAUAAUAACCACCACGAAAGUAGAAUCGUAUAAUCUUAUAUCAGUAUUUACCUAUGAAAUGAACACACAGAACAAUAACGAUGAAAACACUAAAAUUUAAAAGCGGUUCAAUUUGACAGGAGACUAUUGGACACUAAAAUGUUUCAAAAUCGUUUCAUGGUCUUAUAUCACUCUCACAGGGUUCGCCUAUUUGGACAGUAUAUUAAGUUUAUGGACAGCCCUAUUAAAGAGUACUAAAGAGCCCUAGUACGCGUAUUAUCACACUUGGAGUGAUAAAACAUCACACAAAGUCUGAGAAAAGUCUUAAGUACCCUCAAUAGAUCUGAGCCUAAUACCUUCAGCCAAACAUUGUGUUCAUUCUGUUGUAGGGAAUUCAUUGAAGAAUAUAUUUUACUUAAUGGGACUGAAACAAUUUAAUUAGGGCUUACAGAAAUUCGGAACUCUUCUCCAAUUAGUUGGCGCAUAAAACCGAAUAAUAUACAUUUAUGUUAAUGUAAACAAAACGUUAUAUCGUAUUUGUAAAGCCUGCUAUUGGUUAUUUAUAGUUUUAUAUGAGAAGCUACUGUAAUACAUAUCUUUGCGAGUUCUCAUUUAAAUAUUUUUUCAUCAACAAUUGCAUUACAAUUUACAGAUGUGAAACUUUUUUUACAAUUUUUAUUCUGUUUUGAAAUAAUUGUAACUGCUAGUGGAGCCACAAUAGUUAUUGAUUAACGGCCGUUCCCAAUAUAUUAUCUACAGAUAGAGAUAAAUAACUAACUUCUACUGUCAGUAAUUAGCUGUCAAUAAUUUGAAGCUGUCCCAAUAUACCUGAUAAGUCAUUCCUAUCGCCUUAUAUUGUAAUUUCCAUACAAACUUCUAUCGCUGGUAAGCUAUACGUCGUCCCAUUGACAGACAGCGUAUCGUAUUAUCCGUACGAUAAGGUGGGUUACCGUCGAUUAGUUUAUUGGGACAGAGAAUCAACGAUAGUUACGAUUUUUAUCUCAAGUAAGAGAUAGACUGAAUAUUGGGAACGGCCGUAAGUACAUCUGAGUACUAUUUCAUCUCUACAGUUUGUUAUUGUUAAGUGAUAUCCUUCACUCCUGAGAUUAAAUAUACAAUUUAUGUAAUUUGUACAAAGGUAUACGUUCGAUGCGUUAUUCAGACUGUUGGCUGAGUUGGUAAGAGCGCUCGGACGGAACCGAGAGGUGCGGAUUUGAGUCUCGCAUCGUUCAUAAAAUUUGUAAGUAUAUUUCAUCUCUGUUGUCUCGCUGUAUAUGCAUUAAGUGGCUUCCUUAUUUGUUAACUAACAUUAUAUUAUGUUUAUUUUACUAUUGACAUAGAAUACGUAUGGUAAUUAAUAUAUUAAGGGGAUCACGCCCGCGGGCGCGCGUCAGUAGGCUUGUGGAAGUACAGAGAGAGAGAUGGAUGCAAGAUGCGACGCCUGUCACCGGGGCCUUACAUGCGAGUAGCGUAGAUCACUUUGAGCAGCAUGCCUCUUAUGUUAGCGGUGGAGACUGGCGUUCAAAUGUUAUAAAAAAUAAAUAAUUAUAGAUAUUAUAUUAAUAAAUUUUUUAUCGCAA